UAAGUCAAAACCUGGGAAUGACUUUCAAGUUCUUGGUGGUCUAAGAAACAAGUUGAAGACAUCCCACAGGAUAACCUCUUCAUUUUUAGGUACAAGCUAACUUAAAGUGAGUAGCUUUUUGGUGUAUAAAAGGGGCAAGCUCAUGCAAUUCUCAAUGCGAAACCGAUAAUCUCACUCUUUCCAUCCCCUUGAACAUGAAGAUGGUUCUCAUUUUAAUAAUUCUACUCGGUCUGCUAAACAAUGCCUCAGCACUCAUGAGUGCUUGUCCUGACUGUGGUGGCCUUCAAGUUCCAUACCCACUGAGCACUAAUGAGGAGUGUGGAGAUUCUAGGUAUAGAGUAUACUGCAACAAUGGAAGUCUAGAGUUCUUAUCAGCCACGGGGGUUUACUAUAAGAUUCUGAGAAUUGACCCAAGUGCUUGUAAGCUGGUGAUUAAGCCACCGGUAAUUCUGAAGGACACGUGUUGCACUUCUGAUCUGCGUGAAGGGGGUCUAUUGCUUGAUGAGAAGUUGCCAUUUAAUAUUUCCACUCAAAACGUUGUGAUGCUGUUUAACUGCUCUGAUAACAUACUCCAGUCUCCUCUGAAUUGUUCCUUGAACAGCAUCUGUAGGGAGUUUGAGCAGAAGGUGAAGGAGGGAAGAGGAUGCAUGGAUACACUUUGCUGUCAUUACUUGAAAGAUUCAGCCAUGACGUCUCAUAGAAUUAGAGUCAGGCUUGGAGGCUGCACUGCUUACACUUCUGUGGUGGAUUCUGAGCCUCAUGACUCUGUUGCUUCCUGGAAUUAUGGCAUUGAGCUUCAGUGGCUGCCUCCUAAUUAACUGGCCUCCAUCCUGACUUACUGUUUGUCAAAACUGUUGUUUCUUUGUUUCAUUCCCAUGCAUGUUCCUUGGCUUUAUUUUAGUCUUGGUUUUCUUAUAGUUGGUGUUUGAAUAAACAUAAACUUUCUAGUACUUAUUGUACCAGCAGUGCAACGGCUAAUGUUGGAAGAAUCGAAUACUAAACAUGGUCAAAAGGAUGCCGACCUUUCUGAGUCUUUCCUAUUUUUAUUGCUACAUUUCUUCAU